UCAUGUAUGAUCUGAUCUGAUGAUGAUGGCGUCCUCUGUUAAGAACAAGUCGGUCAAUUUUAGAGGCGUACGGAAGCGGCCAUGGGGGAGAUACGCAGCCGAGAUUAGAGAUCCUGCCAGAAAGACCCGAGUUUGGCUCGGUACCUUCGACACGCCUCAUGAGGCGGCGCGUGCAUAUGACGCCGCCGCCAGAGAUUUCCGAGGCGCCAAGGCAAAGACCAAUUUUCCUCUACCCGAUCAAGACCACCACCAUCACCACCACCUAGUAGAUAUUAUUACUAUUACUACUUCUCAUCAUCAUCAUGAUCAGAAUCAGAUCCCUAGCCAGAGCAGCAGCACCUUCGAGUCGUCGUUGUCGUCGUCGUCCGGCUCUCCACCGGAGAUCAUGAUUGGUACUUCUUCUCCGACGCUGGAUCUCACCCUUGGGUUCCGCUACGGAUCUGGAUCUACUCCUCCCCCAACGGCGCCGGAGGAUAUCAUUACUAAUAAUAUUAAUAGUACUACUACUGUCCACGGUGGCAUCAAAAUCAUCCGCUCAAGUACUUCCGUCAACGACAUUUAUAAUAAUUAUGACCAUGUAAUUAAGCCUAAGAACGAUUUCGAUCUCAACCAGCUUCCUCCGCCGCCGCCGCCUCCUCGCUAG